AUGGCUUGCCGCUGGAGUUACGUCCUCUUAAGACAUGUGAUAGAAGAGUAUUUAAAUCCGUUCACCGACACCCUAGAAAGCAGGAUUUCAUCUUCACUGCCUCCACAAACUCUUCCAAAUCAUCCUACACCUGAAACAUCGAUAUCAGGGUCUCCAUCGACUGUCUUUCAGACUUGCACUUCGAAAUUCCCGAAAUCUGCCUAUUCUGAGCUGCCGAAUAUUGUGAACCCGAGCGCUAAUACUCAAGAUGAGUUCAUGACAGCCUUCAAUAAUAUGCCUACUUCGGUUCGGAGAGCGACUUCCACCCUGGGUGCUAGUGAUUAUACUGGUACUCAGGUUUUGCGCUCUAUAUCUCUAAUCGCGAAGAAGAGACCACCCCUUGCCCCACACCUCGCGCCAGAUUUCCCCAAAGAGUCCCCUCUGCAGUUGGAUAAGUAUGAUUUUGAUGAGCUUGUAGAAUCCCACAACCUUUUACCAGACCCAUUGGUGCCUCCGGGGCCAUGUCACCAGGUAGUUAUUAUCAAUUUGGAGAAUGACAUGAUCCCAGAGGCGUCUCCUGCGAAUCCCACUUCAAAAAAGCCUCUCGGAACAAAAAACCGUCGCUUUCACGAACCGUUCCUUGCGAAAUGGAUCCGCUAG